GUUUCACUUUCUUCCCCGAUCGAGAUUGCUCGCAAUGCCUGCGGCAGAAGUGAUGCCGGAGAAAUCUCUCGAAGGGAAACGUGUUCAUGUUUGGGAAACGGCCGCUCCUCCUCUGCCAAAAAGGCUCGAAGGCAAGGUGGCGAUCGUCACGGGCGGCGCCCGCGGCAUCGGCGAGGCUACGGUGCAGGUUUUCGCCCGGCACGGCGCGAAGGUGGUGGUGGCCGACGUUGAGGACGUCGACGGGGAGUCUCUGGCGGCGCGGCUCGGCCCUUCGGUGAGCUUCGUCCACUGCGACGUGCGCGAGGAGGCGGACAUCGAGCGACUGGUGGACCGCACUGUGGCCCGCCACGGCCGCCUCGACGUGUUCUGCAGCAACGCCGGCGUGCUCGGCCGGCAGGCCCCGCGCAGCGACCUCAGCAUCGCGGCGCUGGAUGCGGAGGAGUUCGACGAGGUGAUGCGCGUCAACGUGCGCGGGGCGGCGCUGGGGAUGAAGCACGCGGCGCGCGCCAUGGUUCCGCGCCGCGCCGGGUGCAUAAUCUCGGUCGCGAGCGUGGCCGGGGUGAUGGGCGGCAUGGGCCCGCACGCCUACGCCGCCUCCAAGCACGCCGUCGUGGGGCUCACCACGAACGCCGCCUGCGAGCUGGGAAAGCACGGGAUCCGGGUCAACUGCGUCUCCCCCUUCGGGGUGGCCACGCGGAUGCUGGUCAACGCCUGGCGCGAGGUCGAGGUCGAGGACGAGCACGUCGAUCCGGCGGACGCGCCGCCGACGGCGGAGGAGGUGGAGAAGACCGAAGAAAUGGUGAGGGGGCUGGCGAACCUGAAAGGCGUGACGUUGACGGCCAGAGACGUGGCCGAGGCGAUCCUCUACCUGGCCAGCGACGAGUCCAGGUACGUGAGCGGCCACAACCUCGUCGUCGACGGCGGCGUCACCACCUCAAGGAACCUCAUCGGACUGUAACACGCUCAAGAACGUCGUCUGCUCUGCUCCAUCACAUUACUUGAUUGUUUCUUCUUCCUCUUCGACACUGAUAUCAGAUCGUUGUUCAAGCAUCCUUCACUGUCUGUAAUUGAUUCAUUAUGGAAUCAACAAUUUCUCUUCUAUGCGUUCCAGUGUUCUAAUUGAUCAUAAACUAAAUAAAAAGCAUAGCCGACAAUUGAAA